CUAAAGAAAACUUUGCAAGAGGUCGGAAUGACAACUAACAACUCCAAUAUAGCCCUCCUGAUCGACGGGGACAAUGUCUCGCCCAAAAUCAUCGCUGGCCUCAUGGCUGAGAUCGCCAACUAUGGCGCUGCCAGCGUGAGACGAAUUUACGGCGACUGGACGAAUCCGUCCUUGAAGGGCUGGAAAGGAUGCCUGCUAAACCACUCGAUCACGCCAAUGCAACAAUUUGCGUAUACGACCGGAAAGAACUCCACUGACGGCGCCAUGAUAAUCGACGCCAUGGACCUACUAUAUACGGGUCGCUUCUCUGCCUUCUGUAUCGUUUCCAGCGACAGCGACUUCACGCGCCUUGCAACCCGCAUCCGCGAGCAGGGCGUGACCGUCUAUGGCUUUGGAGAGCGCAAGACCAAUACCGCCUUUAUUGCUGCCUGCCACGAAUUCAUAUACUUUGACGUCCUUCACGUAGAGCCCGAGGAGUCGCUUGCUGCACCUCAAUCAACGCGGACAGCCAUGGCGCCGGUUCUGGCUCGCACACAGCUGACUCCGAGACCUCUAGAUCCGGCGGCACUCCAGGGGUUGACAUUGGCGGUGACCAAUGCACCGAUCUACAGCGACAAUUGGGCCAACCUAGCCGACGUCGGCAGCUAUCUGAGCAAAAUCUCACCUGAUUUGCGUCCACGCAACUACGGAUAUGAGCGUCUUCGAGACUUUGCGGAAGCGUCUGGAAUCGUGGAAUGGAAGUGGAAGAACAUGGGCGACAAGCCUCCGCUUGUCCUCGUCCGCCUCAAAAGAGGUGCCCGGAGCCAGGACGGGCAACUGCUCGACAUCGGGCCGGAUCAGGUCAGAUAGUGAGGUAUCUAUGGGCGUCGUUGCUACUUGCCAAGCUCAGUGGAAUGAAUCUGCCUUGCCAAGCUCCACCCAGACAGACUCGACACGUUGGACGGCGAAGCAGGGCGCAAACGUCUCAUCUUCUAC